AUGGCUGCUUCCGUCGAGUUGGUGCAGCCUGUGGAUGUGGCCUCGUUGCCCAAGGAGACGACCCCAGUUCUCGAAUUGAGCCCUUUGGACGAGGAGAGGUUCAUUAUCAAGUCGCCAUACACAGACAAGGAACAUCUGCUUGAUCUGGAUACCCUUUCUCAUGAAGGCGCCAUAGUGGCGAGAGCUCUGCAAUCCCUCAAGUCAAUUCGUGAUGACUAUGCCACUGCACCAUAUGCCGAAUCUUUCAACUGGCCUGAAGUCCUCGAUGAAGUAAAGCGCCUGGCUCAACAAUCCAGAAGGCCGUUCAAGGAGAUUUCAUUCUACGUCGUCGCAUUCCGGUCGCAGAUCAAGCCGAGCACCGAUUAUGGCCACCUUGGCGCAUUGGACAAGGCUGCCCAUGCCGAAGCUGUUGCCAGCGGAGGCUUCUUGAAAUACUGGUUUGGUUCACCAGACCCAGAGCUGAGAAACCUGGCGACCUGCGUUUGGAGAUCGAGAGAGGACGCAUUGGCCGGUGGCAAAGGACCCGCACAUCGCAAGGCAGUUGGCGCCACCCGAAACAUGUAUGCUUUCUGGAAGAUUGACCAGCACCGACUCACCAUCCGAGACAACGUGGAUGAUUGGGUGCUUGAGGACUGGGAGUGA